GGCACUUCUAGUGCUGAUUUUUUUAAGAUCAACCCUUGCCAAUAUCACGACUAUGGAAAGUACUCUUCCCAGUGAAGCUGUACAUCAAAUAGAUUACAGCGAGGGUACUUCCGUAGAAGCGACGCAUUCUUUACCGCCAGGAAAUUUAAGUUUGAGUGGUGCUCCGAACAAUACUCAACUUGUGAGGGGUAGUUUGGCUAGGGUUUUGGAUUUUUAUAACACUGAAUUACUGGCCGCGAAUUUUCCAAAAUUCAAACAUACUUUGAGCCAGUCUUGCCAAAAAGAUGUGGACGCUUAUAUACAGGGGUUGAUAACUGCAGAGAAUUGGGCUUUAAAGAUGGACGAUGCUAGUGGCAGAUAUUCAACCGGAUGGUUUUGGGGAAACAGCUAUUGGGUUGGAUCUCAGAAUUUAUGCGAACAUAUUAACCCGAAAAAACAAAUUAUCAUCAUAUCUCAAAACCAUUCAAGAUCUGCUAGAGCUGCGGACGCUUCUUUGAAACCCCACAGUCCAGGAUUUGCUAUGGGAUUCAAACCAGGUCCUGUGGUAUAUACCAAUGGACCUCCAUUUCCAGUAUCAUUUUUCAAACUAAGACUUCAUGUCAAUUCAAGUUUUACGACAGAGGAAAAAAUACUCCAUCUCGGCCUAUGCUUACCUCACGCAUGUUCAGCAAAUGAUGCUCAAAAGAUUAUGGAAGGAACUUCAGCUUCUUCAACGAAAAUUACGGUUAAAGUUCAAUUAGUCAGAUCUGAACAUAAUAGAUACAAUUAUUGGACAGACAGCACAUUCAUUGCUUUGAGUGUUACCACCGCAAUUAUAAUUUUCAUGUUGAUAAUUGGUACAGCAUUUGACUAUUAUUUGGAGUAUUUGAAAAAUUGCAGUAUGAAAGAGAAAAGCUGCACUCAUUUUAAUAUGAGUAUGCCGGAUCUAAAAGGAAAGAACGGGCUUUACGUAGUGAACAACAAUAAUAAUAAUAAUAACAACAUUCCCUGUGACGAUCAUGCUCGCAGUUUUGACCUUAGUAGUAGCAAUGCUUCCAUAUCACAAGAGACUCUCUUAAAAUUUGUUUUAAAGGAGAUGCUGCUCUCAUUUUCUGUAAGAAUAAAUAUGGGUUAUAUUUGCGAUCAAACAGUUGGAAGUGACACUAUAUCUGUAAUACAUGGUCUAAAAGCUAUAAGUAUGGCUUGGGUAGUUUUGGGACAUACGUGUAUCGUUGCCUUCAAGUAUUCAGAUAAUAUGGAAUACAGAAGAAUUGUUCAAAAAGAGUUUCUCUUUCAAACUGUAACGAAUGGAACCUUCAGUGUAGAUACUUUCUUUUUUUGCAGCGGUCUUUUGGUCUCUUUUCUGUAUUUUAGAACAAACGCCAAAGGAAAACUAGAUUCAUUGAAUAAAGGCAACGGAUUUAUUGCUGGCGUGUUACAUUUCUUGGGAUUAGUUGGUUACAGAUUUGCAAGAUUAACUUUUCCUUACUUGUUCACUCUGGGAAUUGUGGAGGUUACGAUGAAAUGGUUCGCAUAUAAUUCAGUAUUCGAACCUCCUACCAUGGAUCAUUUGAAUUGUCCAAAUUACUGGUGGAGGAAUAUUCUCUAUAUAAACACGUUAUUCCCAGUCGAUCAAAUGUGUAUGUUGUGGAGUUGGUAUUUGUCAGAUGAUACACAAUUUUACGUGGUUGGAGCAAUCAUAUUAAUAUUGGCAACAAGUCAUUUUAAGAGCGCAGCCGCUAUUCUUUUGGUCUUCAUGACGAGUUCUUGGAUAACAACUGGUUAUAUAGCUUACAGCAAUAGUCACAUGCCUGGAUUGGACGAUCCUUUAGCGUUAUUUGAUAAAAUUUAUGACAAACCUUGGACAAGGUUAGGUCCUUACCUUAUCGGAAUGUGUACUGGAUGGUUCUUGUUUAAGAAAAAUUGUCAACUACAACUAACAAAGAUUAUUCUUUCGGUCGGUUGGAUUUUGUCUAUUGGAACUUUGUUAUCAUUAGUAUACGGUCUAUAUGAAACAAAAUUAACACCAUGGUUAGGCGCCACUUAUAGUUCUUUGAGUCACUCAGCUUGGGCACUUGCCUUGGCGUGGAUAGUAGUCGCAUGUGUUACCGGUUAUGGUGGACCCGUGGAUAAAAUACUAUCAGCUACUAUCCUGUAUCCAUUCAGUCGCGUGACUUAUUGCGCUUAUUUAGUCCAUCCGAUUGCAAUAAGAGUGAUGGUUAUGUACAUGGAUAGUCCUCUACAUCUUGGCAGUGUUAUAACAGUGAUAAUAUAUUUAGGUCAGAUGAUGUUAUCCUACAUUUUAUCUUUCUUCGUAUCGGUAGCAUUCGAAGCGCCUAUUGUUUCUUUAUUAAGAAUUAUAACUAAAGUAUUCACUUUAAGGAAACCACCGACUCAUAACAAUAAUGAUCACGUUUCAGUCACGUAUCGUACUUAAUUAGACUUGUAAGAAAAAAAAAUGGUUGUAUAUAUUUAUUUUUUUACAUUAGUAAGUAAGAAAUUUGUUAUGUACAUGUACUACGUCCAAAAAUAGUCUUAUUUUUUAUUUUAUGGAUUCAUACCGACUAAUACACUUAUUUGCUUAAAAUUUUCCAGUUCACAGAAAAAAACAAAAAUUGCUUGUGAGCAGCUUUAGUGAAUAAGAUGCUGUUUAGAACUAAGAAGAUGAAAUGUAUGAGUUGGUACAUUAGUAUUAUGAAUCUCCGCUAUUAAUCUUUUGGAAUAUACAGUGUGUCUCACUCUCAUUAUCAGUUUGACAUUUUUUUUACUAAUUAUACUCUUCACUGUAAUGUGAGCCAAGGAGGCAUUAUGGAGGGGCACAGCGGGCCAGAUUUUUAUUUUAAAAAUAAUACAGAGCACUAAUUAAGACCAGAAUCUACCAUUAUAUACACUGUUCAUAGAUUAUAAACAAGCUUAAGAUACAAAAGAAAGGAUAAAAUGUUUAGGUGUCCCCAGAUAACUAAUAAUAAUAGUAAAACUGACUGAAUAGAACUGAGACCAAAGUAUUAUCUAAAGGAAAACUACCAGAAAGUUUUCCAGAAAAAAGAAGGCUGAAGCAGGGGGACCCCUUAUCCACUUCAAUUUUCAACCUCACAUUGUAGGUAAUUAUAAGAUUUGAUCUAUCACCGAAAGCAUAAAAAUUUUAGAAUCUGCAGACGAUAUUGUAUUACUAGCCCAGUGGGAAUCAGAAAGUCUAUAGUAGAUUUGAAAACUGAUUAAAAAAAUUUUGAUUUAGAAAGAUUCUGGGAGGAAUUGAAAAAAGUCUAUAGUAGAUAUGAAAACUGAUUAAAAAGAUACUGCUUUAGUCGAAUGGCGAAGACUAAAGAGACUGAAAUUAAAUGGCAAAGUAAGAAUCAGGUGGAAAAACGAAAAUAUCAUUUUAAAAAAGUUGAGUCCCUCGACUAUCUAGGUGUUCUGAUUACGAAUAUGGAUGAUUAGACGAAAAAGCUAGAAAAUUGGAUAGCAAAUGGUAAUAGAAUACUAGGGUCCUUAAAUAAUAUUCUCAAAUCAAAAGUAAUCUCCAAAGCGACAAAGAUAAGAUUGUACAAAACAAUGAUUAGACCGACUGUACUGUAAGGUUAUGAGUCCUGGGUGCUAACCCAAAAAAGUGCUGAAAAAAUAGAUGUGUGGGAGAGAAAAGUACUCCGGAAAAUACUGAGAAAUGUGAAAAUCAUGAAAAAUAACAAAUACUGAUUAUAACAGUGAGCUAGGUGGUUGGAACAUGUGUACAAAAUGGGUAUAAAUAGAAUUGCCAAGAGAGCACAAAUGGAGAGAGGCGCAUGUCGAAAAAGAAAUGGAUAGGAGAGGUAACAUCAGGUUAGAGGAGAGUGGGAAUAACUGAGUCAAGAGAAAGAAUAGAUGACAGAAACGGAUGCAGAGGUGAAGUAAAAAAAGUAGAGAAAAACCAAAACAAAGCUUAAAGAUUUUAAAAUGUAUAUUCUCUAAAUUUUUUAAUUGUGAAGUAAUUAAUGAAGUGCUGUACUCUUUACUUCAGUGUACCUUUAGGGUAUGCUAGUUUCCUUUCAUUGUGAACUGGUAGCCAGCUGCAAUUUAAAAUUACCAAAAAAUCAGAGUAUCCUAACAGAAAUUUUUUAUUAACAGAUAUCUUAUUUAGAAUGACUUAAAUAAGCUAAUUUCAAAAUUCCAGUAAAACAAAAAAAUGAAAAUCUAUUUCGAGAAAAUGUUUGAGAGAAUCAUACGACUUUGCCAUAAUUGUUUAUAGAUUUUCCUAUCUUCUUAUGUAGUUUUUGACAACCGAACUUCUUGAUCAGUACUUUAUUUUUAAUAUUCCCCCAUAAAUAAUGAAUAUGCAAGUAGAAAUUGGUAAUUGAGAAAUAAGAAUGUGGGAAAACGAGUUGGGAGAAACGUAGAAAGGAAGAGAUAAGAAGAUAAUAAAAUAUGAAUGAACAAAAAAAUUUAAAUUGGCAUGGAAACUUUUACACCAUGGAAACAUAAUUACUACCUACAAAAAUAAGUUUGUUAGAAUUUAUUAGAUAAUAUAUUAGAUAUAAACUUAAACAGCUUGUAUCAACAUGAUAUUAAAAAAAUUGAAAACAAUACUUAUUCACUCCUCUCAAAAGCAAUUUCAGUUACAGCUUCAACAUGAAAUGGUCCUUGUUUGACAUAAUCUGUUAACCUUUUUAACAUAUUCUCUUCAAACACAGUACUAGUUACCAGGCCUUUUACUAUUUCGUAUUUCAUUUCUUUACAUUCUUUGACAGUUUCUACAUUUCUGUCCAAAAGAUAUUCGACGAGUCCUAGGGAAAAUAAUUAAUAAUUAGCUGAAUUAAAUUUACAAAAAUUUAUAGAUAAUGACCAGGGGCGCAACAACUUAACUCUCAAAGGGAGUGUCCAGUGAAUUCUUUAUAAUGACUAAAAAAAGGUAGUCACAUUGGUUUAUUAUAAUUGAAAUGGGCUUGUAGAAUGUCGCUAUAUCUUAUGAAAAGUAAUAAAUUAUUGAAAGAAAAUCGAAUAAGUUUGUUCUGAUUAGACUUUAUUAGGUUAGGAGGGGUCCACACCCCUGUUGUUGCGCCCCUGAUAAUGACUUAUAGAAUGAUCCAAAUAUUGUGAAUUUAAAAAAAUGGCCACAUAUUAUAUGAAUAUGAAUAUAAUGUAAUUCAAAUAUCUCAAUAAAUAUGUUGUUUUUAGAUCGAA